AUGGCCGACGGCCCCCAGAAGCGCUCCGCCAGUGAUGCGUUCGAGGCGCCGGCGGACGACCGCUCCUCUAAGAACCCGAGGCUUGACAAUCUCGAAGCGCUCGAUGCGGCGGUUCGCGUUAAGUUGCGGUCGAUGUUUGAGGAAGAAUUGGUAAAAGAGGAGGACAUCGACGACAAGGCGCUACAGCACCUGCGAGAGCUGGACCCCGACAAGGCGCUGGACGCCCUGGACCAGUACAGCAAGUGCGACCUGGCCAAGGUGCGCAAGAAGAGCGCCUACCUCAUCGGCGUCAUACAGCGCAUGAAGAAGGCGGAGGCCGGCUGGGGCGGGCGGCCCGGUGGGGCCUCCAACGGCCACCUGCCGUGCGAGAUGCCGCCGGAAGUGGGGGCGCGCGUGCAGAGGAUGUUCGCCGACGGGGUUUGCAGGCCGGCGGAUCUCGACGCGCGCUGCUUGGAGCAGCUCGCCAAGGUGCCUGUGCACGUCGCCGUGGAGGCCGUGAACCAGUUUUCCAACAGAGACCUGUCGGACGUGCGCAACUGCUCCGCGCUGUUUGUGUCCAUCGUGCGCAAGGUGCAGCGCGACUGCGAGGGGCGGGGCGUGCCGCCCUCGAACCAGAUCCAGGGCAACCUGGCACCGGGGCCACCGGGGCUGCCCCUGGUGGAAGGUGGGCCGGUGGGGCAGUUCCAGCUGCAAGGGGGGUUGGAGGUCCAGCAGGUGCCCGGCCAGGUGGCGGUCGCUCAGAUGCCCAUCAUCGCCCAGAUGGGCUUCCCGCAGAGGCCCGUGGCCAUUGGCGUCGGGCCGGCAGCAGGCAACGGAGCUGUGUAUGAUCCCCUGGAGCCGUCAGCCAUCACCCCCCCCAUUGUGGCAGCCAACCUGAUUAGCCCCUUGAAUCAGGGCCUGCCAGGCGUUCCGGGUGUUCUGGGAGUCCCUGGAGUGAUGGACAGGCGCAACUAUGGGAUGGAGCAACUGCAGAUGGGCGUGCGGGUGGAUGAGUUCCAUGGGCUGUCCGUGUUUGCAACCUAUGUGCACCCUGCGCCCGCCCUCAAGCUGCAACAGUUGUGGGACGAGGGCGUGCGCCUUGUGUCCCUGCUGGACGAUGGGGCAUGGGACUGCCUUGCAUCGCUGAAGGCGGCGGAGGGCUUGGCGGCGAUAGAGGAGGUGGUGGAGAACAUGCAAGGGCCCAACAACUUGAGGAAUGUGAAUGCCUUCUUCAUGUCUGUAGCUCGUCGCUAUUUGCCGCCCAAUAACACCCGAGUGUCUGGCGCUGCCGCCAGCGAUCGCCAAAACACGAUCGACUUGAGCACCCGUAGGAUCGUCCGCGCUGUGCGGCAGUCUCCCAAGGGUGUCGUUGGAGACUUGGAGGGCCUGUUCCCAGAGGUUCAGGAGAAAAUCUCAGAGGUGCUGGGCCUGCACCCAAACUACAUCACGAUCACCGACUUCGAUCAAGGAGUUGUGGAGUCGCUCAAGAGGCUGCCAGAGGGCGACGCUAUAGGCGUCAUCGACGAUCUGGGGGCGCAGAAUUUGACAAACGUAAACAACAUGCCGGCUUUCAUCAUGUCCAUCAUCCGAAGGCGGCAAAGAAUGGCAGCCCAGUAA